AUGACGGAACCUCCUCCACUCGACACCGGCUAUCGCUGGGCUACGGUAACUGCCGACGAUCGUAGCGGCAUCCUCUACAUUGUUGCCUUCUUGACCUUUACAUACUCUAGUCUAACCACCAUCACGCGGUGCUUCAUCAAAUGGCACGUGCUGGGUCUUGAUGACGCGGCAGCUUUGGGUGCCCAGUUUACCAGUCUUGUGCAAUUUGCACUCCUCCUCAUAUCGCUGUCGGCUGGCCUGGCAAAGAACUUUGACCUGCUCAGUCAAGAUGACUACAAGAAGAUGGCUGCUGUCGGUAACCAAGUCGCGCUCUACAUCUCGCUAGGCGUCUCAAAGAUUGCCACGAUCUUCCUUAUACAGCGACUAUUCACGCGCGACAUGAAGAAGGUGUCGAUAACGUGUCACAUCUUCACCGCGGUACUCAUGGUCUGGACAAUCUUGGCUGCGAUGCUGGUCUCAGUGGGGUGUUCACCCCAGAGCAUGGCGCCGAAGACCGCGUCACAAACGUGCCCAGGCAUUGAUGCACGAUACAAGUUUGUGGCUGUCACCGACACCAUCACUGACACAAUCCUUAUCAUGAUCCCUAGCUAUCUGACCUGGCAGUUACAAAUGUCCAUCAAGCUCAAACUACAGGUCAUAUCCGUGUUUGCAUUUCGUCUACCGCUCAUACCUCUGGCUAGCAUGUCGUUGAGGGCGUGGAUACAGUCCCUGACUGGCGAAAACCCUGGGGCCCAUCGAACUCCUGCCAUCGUCUUCCAACAAGCAGAAUUGUGCGUGUCGUUACUGGCAGCUACACUGCCAUGUCUGAAAAGCUUCAUCCGCAGCUUCGACACUGGAAGCGGUGUCAAAGCGACCAUCGGCUCUUCGAACGAAUCUGGAUCCAAUGGACGAAACGGGGGCAGCGGACAGCAACACGCUGAUAGUUACCAGCUAUCACCUGUGAAGAGCAGCAGGAUAGAGAGUGGAAGCGGGAGCUGCUCGCCUUGGAAGGGCGAUGAUGGCUCCAUUCGGCGCACGAUCACCCCCGAAACUGAUGCGUCAUGCAAGUUCAAGGGGUGCACUCGAAUCACAAGCAACGAUGGAGUCAGAUAG